ACCAUAGCGUAGUUUGAUUGCAGAGCCCAUGUUUAGGUGAUUCGUCUUACAUAAUUUGUUUUAUAUAAUUUGUCUGUCUUUAUAAUUUAAUUUGUACAGGUGGUGACUCCAAACUUUUUAAUCUUUGCACUUAAUUUUCAAUUUUUUUUAUCCUUUUAAGUGGAUUCGUCAUUACAUACAACAUGGGAGAACUAGUUAAAUGGCUGCCCGUCAACGUGUGUUGAAUAAGUAGGGGAUGGCGCAAAUGAAUAACACUAUCCAGGUUCGUAUAGAUGGCUGGAUGGCUGGAUACAGGGCCUUCCUGCCGAAUCUUCAUAGCAUAAAAUUUUUCAAGUGCCUCAUUAUUUACGAGAGCUAAAUGAAGAAGCCUAUGAACCUACAAUCGUAUCUAUUGGCCCUUAUCAUCGUCAGAAAGAUCAUUUAAAAGCAAUGGAAACACACAAGGUGCGUUUUCUAAAAGACCUUCUUCAACGAAGAAAUGAGAAUAGUACUCAAAGAUAUGUGGAGGCCAUGACAGGCAUGAUGGAAAGUGCUCUUAACUGUUAUUCAGAAUCUUUGGGCAUUUCUCAUGAAGAAUUUAUAGAAAUGAUGGUUAUUGAUGGAUGUUUUAUUGUUGAGCUAAUUCACAAAAUAAGAGAGGGAAGUUGGCAGCAGGAUUCUAUCUUAAAUGUGAGUCAGAUUUUCACAAACAUUGUGAAAGAUUUGAUACUAGUUGAGAAUCAACUUCCCUUUUUUGUACUAUGAGAGUUUCUAGGCAACGCCUUUGAAGAUCGAUUCCGUUGCAUUGAUGUCAUUAUUGGGUUUUUUGAAGUAAUGAUGCCAGGGCUCACGGUUCAUCUAACCUAUGAUGAAAAUUCAAUAAAAAAGGUCAAGCAUCUAUUAGACUUAUUACGCACCAAUUGGAUUCCUUCAGAUGAUGCUAUGCAUGAAUACAAGAAUGUGCAAGAAAUGAAAUUCAUACGUUCUGCUACAGAACUAAGGGAGGCAGGAAUCAAGUACAGAAGGGGUAAGGGAUGCAACUUGUUUGAUAUAAAGUAUGAAAAUGGGACACUUUACAUUCCAGCUUUGAGUCUUGAAGAUCAUACUGAGAGAUUGUAUUCAAUAUCAUUGCCUGUGAAAGGUUCACUGAUGAUGGAUCUCCAAAAUACUUGACCGAAUGCAUGUCAGUCAUGGAUUGUCUCAUUGAUACAGGAAAGGAUGUGGAGUUACUUUUUCACAAAGGGAUAAUGCAUCACUGGUUAGGCAAUGACGAAGCAGCUGCUAAGAUAUUUAAUAGGCUUUGAACUGAAGUCAUCAUUGACAAAAAUAACUUCUUUUAUGCCAAGUUAUUUAAUGAUGUCAACAGACAUUACUACCAACCUUGGAACAAAAGGAUGGCAGGCUUGAGGCACAAUUAUUUCAACACUCCAUGGGCUUUGAUCUCCUUUCUUGCAGCAUCUUUCUUCCUUCUUUUUACCCUACUUAAAACAACAUUCACAAUUUUCCCUUGGUCUUGAAAGUGCCUCAAACCUUUAGUAUGGAGGGAACAACGUCAAUUAGCAGAUAGCAUCGAGGUGUGUGAGAAGUGCAGGGGGUUAGGAUGCAUGCAUAGACUAGUUUGAAAUGUUUUCAUACAUAUCCUUUUGCGUCUUGCUUUAGUUAAUAAGUGCGUAUCUAUUUUAGUGCCAUGUUUUUCUUUCUCUGUUUGGUUGGGUUUCUUUAGACUUCUAAACUAUAAUGUAUUUUUUCGGUAUAAAAUCUACUUAAUGAA